AUGAAAUAUAUAAUAUUUAAUAAUAUUUUUAAUAGUGUAUUUUUGAUUUCAGGAUUUGUAAGUCCACGUAUAGUGGGUGGUCAUGAUGCUGGAGAUGGUGAAUAUCCUUAUCAAGUAUCAAUUAGAUUAAAUAAUUAUCAUAUAUGUGGUGGAUCUAUUAUUGAUUAUUAUACAAUCCUUACUGCUGCGCAUUGUAUUUAUCGAAAAAAUGCAUCAGAAAUAACAAUUGUUGUUGGAACCAAUUAUUUAUCUUCUGGUACUAUUUAUGUCGUUAAGGAAAUGAUUUGGCACGAAAAUUAUAAUGAAAUCAUGAUCAUAAAUGAUAUCGGUUUAAUACGUAUAAAAAAUCAUAUAAAAUAUAAUAAAAAAGUUCAGCCGAUUUCACUUGCAUCGAAUUAUACAUCUGAAAAUACAACUGCUGUGAUAACUGGUUGGGGACAAUUAGUAAGUUUUUAAAAUGUAAAUUAUAUAUAUGAACAAAAAUAAUUUUUUAUAU